AUGCCUAAUUUGUUGCCAAGGAACCCGUUCCAUAACCAUCAUAAAUCAAGUCCCAAUUCAAGUGCAAGCACAAAUGCAAGUCCAAACUCACAUCCAAAUGCUAAUGCAAACUCAAAUAUGAAUCCUAAUAAUGGUGAUCAUUCCCAAGGUCGUAUGAAAAAUAACAAAUCUUUUCUGCAUUUCAUUCAUAGGGGCCAAAGUAAUGAUUCUUUAAGGAGUGAUAUUUCUAUAGACUCAUCUGCUGGUAAUGUGAUGCAUUCACAACGUAAUAAUUCGCAGACGAAUUUAAAUAACUUGUCAUCGCCAGUCCACAAGCCAAAUACAAACAGCACUGGUAAUCACCAUCAGCAGCAGCAGCAUCACACAAGUCCACACCAUCACAAUGCAAGUCUUUAUGAUUCUGCAUCUCCUACUUCUCCAAAGGCAAGCCAUUCCAUGGCAGAACUAAAAAGAUUUUUCAGGCCUUCACUGCCAAAGAGGAAAUCAUCUAACUUGUCGGCAAAGGAUAACAAUAAUCCAUCAACUUCCACUAUUUCAAUGUCCCCUUACGGAAGGAAGCAUGAUCAUCAUUUAAGAGAGAAAAGCAGUGCACAUGAUAAUUCACAUACCCAAUCAGCUAUACCUCCUUCCUCAGAUUCCACUUUAUCACUUUCCAAUAAAUUGAAUAUUUAUCAUGAUGAUUCCAUCUUGGCACAAAAAUAUGGUAAAUUGGGGAAGUUAUUAGGGUCGGGUGCUGGUGGUUCUGUUAAGAUUUUAACCAGACCUUCAGAUGGCGCAACUUUUGCUGUUAAAGAAUUUAGACCAAGGAAGGCAAAUGAAUCAGUGAAAGAGUAUUCAAAGAAAUGUACUGCCGAAUUUUUGAUCGGUUCUACUUUAACUCAUCCCAAUGUCAUCGAAACUUUAGAUAUUUUUUCUGAUGCUAAACAGAAUAAAUAUUUUGAAGUUAUGGAAUACUGUCCUAUCGACUUCUUUGCGGUUGUAAUGACAGGUAAAAUGUCAAGAGGUGAAAUCAAUUGUUGUAUUAAACAGAUAUCCAAAGGUGUUCAAUACCUGCAUUCAAAGGGUUUGGCUCAUAGAGAUUUAAAAUUAGAUAACUGUGUCAUGACUUCAAAUGGUAUAAUUAAAUUAAUUGAUUUCGGUAGUGCUGUCGUGUUCAAAUAUCCAUUUGAAAAUAAAAUUACUUUGGCACACGGUAUUGUUGGUAGUGAUCCUUAUUUAGCACCGGAAGUUAUCACAUCUACUAAAUCCUAUGAUCCACAAUUUGUUGACGUUUGGUCAAUCGGUAUUAUUUUCUGUUGUUUGAUGUUGAAAAGAUUUCCAUGGAAAGCUCCUCGUCAAGACACUGAUGAAAAUUUUAAAUACUUCUGUAUGGAGGAUGAUAUGGAACAUGAUUAUGUUGCUUCAGCUAAACAUAAUGAACUGGUUAUCCGUGAGAGAAUAAAGAAGAAGCACGAGAAGGAAGAAAUUCUAAAGAAACAGAAAGAAAAGAGCGAUGCCAUUAGGGAAGGAAGAUUAGAGGAGUAUUUGAAAGAACAUGCAGAAGAAGUUCCAGAGGCUGAUGUGAAGACAGAAGAUGAACCAGUUCAAGAAAAAACUGAUGCUAUUACUGCAUCAGAAGAAAAAGGGUCUGCUCCAGUUGAAGCUAAUAAUGAUGACAAAGCGGAGGAAACAAAAAUCAACAAGGAAACACCCGAAACAAACAAAACUGAUGAACCAAAACAAGUUGCAGCACAUGUUAAUCAUAGUACUAGACAUCAUAAAGGUGUUAUACAUGGGCCAUAUCGUCUGUUACGUUUAUUACCACAUGCUUCAAGACCUAUUUUAUCUAAAAUGCUUCUGAUUGAUCCAGCGGAAAGAGCCACUAUGGAUGAUAUGUUUAAAGAUGAAUGGUUUCAAGGUAUUGCAUGUUGUACUAUUGAUAGUAAAAAGAACCUUGUUCCAGCGCCUGGCCAUCAUCAUACUUUAGUUGAUGAAAAAGAUGCACACUUAGAAUCAUACAAACAGUAA